AUGUUCUACCCAUUCCCACACAGCCUAGGCAGGCCGAGUAGCCUGUCACAGACUGCGUACUAUCUCGGCGAGGACUGCAUGCAGUCCUCCGCGGACCUAUCGUUCAUAGCGGAGCUCAUGGAGGAGCAGGGAAUUCUCCCCGAAAACACCCGCUUGUUAAAAUCAGGCCUAUGCUAUGACAUUCUGCAAGCAUCGGUGAACGAGGGAGAGUCUGGGUGCUUUCUAACGGACACACUACCAGGCAAGACAAUCCGCCUGGUCAAUGGGGACCACAAAGCCGAGCUGAGACAGAUAUGCCACUAUCUUCAGCAGGCCCGUGAGUACGCCUGUAAUGCCACCCAGGAACAGAUGUUGGAGAAAAUACACGACAGCUUCGUGACCGGCGAUCUCGAAGCGUACAAAGCCGCUCAACGAAUAUGGGUCAGCGACAAGGCGCCUCCGGUGGAAACGGUGAUUGGCUUCGUCGAGCCGUAUCGUGAUCCGCUGGGCGUUCGUGGGGAAUUCGAAGGCAUCGUUGGCAUUCCGGACACGGUGGAGUCGAAAAGUCUGAAUAUUCUUGCUAGCAUGGCGGAUAAAUUGGUCUGCAGACUUCCGUGGGUUGACAGUGAUGGGGACAGUAAAGGGCCGUGGGAGAAGGACUUGUUUGAGCCUCCGGACUUUUCAAGCGUGCAGAAGAGCCAUCGUGCUAGGGGCUUGGACUUGGUCGACGAGGCAGAGCAGGACGUUUUCAAAGCACAUCGAUUCCAUGCCUACUAUAUCUGGGUGGUCCUGCAUGAGAUCCUCGGCCACGGAACAGGACGGUUUCUGACCGAGUCCGCCCCAGGGAGUUUCAAUUUCGACCCAGAGAGGCCGCCUAUGAACCCUUUGACAGGGACACCUAUCAUGACGUGGUAUCGACCAGGACAGACUUGGACCGGGGUGUUUGAAGACAUUGCAACGACCGUCGAUGAAUGCAGGGCGGAGCUCGUUGGUGCCUAUCUGAUUGACGAGCCGGAAAUUCUGCAGCUGUUUGGAUUCAACGAUGAGAGCGAUAUGAAGUCGGAUGAUCUUGUCUAUAACCUGUACUUGCAAUUGGGAGUGGACGGACUCCGGGGCUUGCAGCACUACGAUCCAGCCACCAAGGCAAGUCUGUCGUCUACGCGAAAUUGGGGACAGGCGCACAGCCGUGCACACUAUGCAAUACUCCGCCACCUCCUCCGCGACAGCAACGGAUUGUACACUAUCAUCUGCGACCUUGCCAGAAUGCAACUUACUGUCAAGGUUGACCGUGCUCGUAUAAUCGAGGAAGGGAAACCGUCCCUGGGCCGGAUGCUCCUGCAUCUGCACAUCUGUCGGUGCACUGCAGACAAGGCCAGCUGCCGGCAGUUGUACGAAGAUCUGUCAGCCGUCGACGAUGAUGCUAUGCAGUGGCGGGAGAUUGUCAUGUCGAAACAGGACCCGCCAUUGGCCUUUUGCCACGCCAAUACCUUCAUCCACGACGGGAGAGUGAUAUUGAAGGAGUAUGAGCCGACCCCGCGGGGUAUCCUCCAGAGUUGGGCCGAAAGACAGGUCGAUGAGCCGAUCUAG